UUUCUCUGCAAAACAACAACACCAAGCGAACCCACAUCGUCGUUCAUUACUUUGCUGGGCUCGUUCAAUCAAGAAUCAUCCAAGCAAAAGCUCAUCUUGUCGCUCGUUUUCUCGUGACAUUCUCGUGACAUUCUCACACUCAUUACCCACAUCCUUUCUGAUCAGGAUAUCCUAGAUAGUUAUGGAUGCCAGAGCCCAAAAACGGGUCUCCAUGGCUCAUGCUGCUCAUGCGGCCGGAAUCUUCGCGGACAUGUCUGUAGAUGGCCCAGCUAUUGGCACGCUGGUGGUCAUCGUUGAUCGCGCGAAAAACUUGCCAAACAGAAAAACCAUGGGCAAGCAGAACCCGUACUGUGCUGCUCGCCUUGGAAAGGAAGCAAAAAAGACGGAGACCGACGUUAGAGGUGGCCAAACCCCCAGAUGGGACCAAGAACUUCGCUUCACCGUCCACGGGUCUCCGGACUAUUUCAGACUCAAAGUCUCAGUCUUUAAUGACGAGAAGAAAACCGACCUGAUCGGUGAAACAUGGAUAGAUCUGAAGGAUCUCAUCAUUCCCGGUGGCAGUCAGAAUGACCACUGGCAUCCCUUGCAGUUUCGUGGAAAAUACGCCGGCGAAGUACGCCUCGAGAUGACUUACUACGACACAAGGCCCGAAGACGAGGCCGUGAUCGAAAGACGAACACACGCAGCUGACAAGGUUCACGCUAAGAAGACUAGCUCAGGUCCAGUUUCGACCAGCUCUUCUUCCCUCUCGGGGCCGAGACAAUUGAAGGACGUGAAGAGACGCCCGUUGCCUUCGGACCCUCGCUCUGGCAACAUAGCCUCUGAUAACAUGGCCUCUGGCAACAUGGCCUCUGGCAACAUGAUCCCUAGCAACCUGAUCCCUAGCAACAUGAUCCAUAACCACAUGGCCUCUAACAACAUGACCUCUGGCAACAUGGCCUCUGGCAACAUGAUCCCUAGCAACAUGACCUCUGGUAACAUGGCCUCUGGCAACAUGAUCCCUAGCAACAUGACCUCUGGUAACAUGGCCUCUGGCAACAUGAUCCCUGGCAGCUUGAUCCCUGGCAACAUGAUUGCUGGAAGCAAAAUCCCUGGCAGCUUGAUCCCUGGAAACACAAUCCCUGACAGCACGACCUCUGGCAGCACGACUUCUGGUUCGGAGUCGUGUUCUAAUUAUACUGAUCACUGUGAUUAUGCGGGAAGCAGCGAUUCGCUGGGCACAGAAAGCUCCUACGGCUGGCCAUUUGUUCGGCCCAAAAAGAAAGUCAUCCCGCGCUGUCCAUAUAAUUCCUCAGACAGCGAGUGUCCUCCCCUUUUGCAACCUAUAGAGCGCAAGUCGAUGUUUCAGCCGGAGAGCGUGGAAAGUUCAGAUAGCGCCCUUCGAACCACUUAUUAUAGCUCGCCCGACAUGAACAAACUCUUGGACGAGGAGGGGUUUGUCAAAUCCUGGCGACAUUACAACGUGAAAUACAACAGGCUGCCGUCUAGCUCUGAGGAGAGCUUUAGUCCCGUGCCUUCACAAUAUCGACAUACGAGGGAGCGCGAAACCCGAGGGUAUAGCCCUACGACUUUCUCUGAUAGCUCGAAUUCUACUUAUGCUUUGCUGCAACCACGAGUGGAGGACGAAGAAGAAGAUGGGCCUCCACCACCCCCACCUGUUCACCGUUCAAUCCCCGAUUACCAAAUUGUCCCUCGGAGAAAGUCGGUUAGCCCCCGACCCCCAUCGAUGAGGGGGCGGGGAGCGUCUCCUACACCCUUUUCACCGGAUUCAUACGGGACUGAAGCGGCGCGAGAGCCGGGCCCGAUUAUUGGUGAUGACGGUCGCGAAAUUGAUCCCUCUGACCAUCUACCCACCAACACAUGGGCUCCAGAGCCUGAACGCAAAACCAAAAAGCCGGGCGUCGUCGUGCGCUUCCGCAACCCACUAUAUCGCGGUAGUCCACAGGACUACGGACAUCGGAAAUCCAUGUCCGAAACAUAUUCGACCAGUUCCUCGAGCCUAUAUGCGGAGGGGAUCAACCCACCGAUCCCAUCUAAGGUUCCAGUGGGCCUGCCCCAUGGAAAUUAUACAAACAUGGAUGGAAAUAUUGACGCCCUGAGACGGGAGCUUAAUGCCAUAGACAUCGGGACGGGCAGAAAUAUGAAGCACGUCCUUCUCCGAUAGAUACUUGUUUUCUUCUGGCGAGUUUACUUUUCUUUUACGAGCAUAGACUUGUUUUUCUUGGGCGCGCUUCGUUUCUUUUCUUCUGGGAGAUUAGCUUGCUUUUUCUUUGGCGAGGUUAGUUAGAUUCUUUUGGCGAAAUUAGUUAGCUUUGUCUUUCGGCGGGUUUUAAAUAGGGUUCUCUUCUUUGGGCGAGUUGAGUUAGUCUUCUUGUCCGUGGGCGACGUUAGAUAGGGUUCUUUUCUUGUGGCGGGCUAGAUAGGGUUCGGCUCUUGGCUUAGAUGGUCUUUCUAUUCUUAUGAUACCAUUGUUAACGUUGCUGAAUUGAACU